GCACAGCAAACAAAGUAAGAUCAAGUCGUUCGUUCAUUUCGGCGUAUCUGAGGCUUUGCUCACUCUCUUCUGUUCUUCCUUUUUAUCUACAUACACCACUCACUCGCUCACUCUCUUCUGUUCUUCCUUUUUAUCUGUUACGUCAUUGAUUGACAUCAUCAUCCUCAAGAAUCCAACGAUUGAUAAUCCAGAAAGAGUUCACUCACUCACUGCAAUGGCUGCUGCAACAGCAUGGUGUCCUGCUUCACUCAAUUCCACACAAAAUAGAGCAGCAGCAACUUUUACAAUCAGAUGCAAUGCUCACAAACCCAUCACUAUUACUUUUACAAAAACUCAACAAGACCCACAACCGAUCUAUUCAUCUGUCAAGGCCUUCGCUCCAGCCACCGUCGCCAACCUAGGACCCGGCUUUGAUUUCCUAGGCUGCGCUGUUGAUGGUAUUGGUGACACUGUCUCACUCAAAGUGGACCCUGAUGUUCACCCUGGUCAGAUAUCCAUCUCAGAUAUUUCCGGUCAAAGCCCUAACAUCCACAAGCUCAGCAAAAACCCUCUAUGGAAUUGUGCCGGUAUUGCUGCCAUUGAAGCCAUGAAAAUGCUCGGCAUUCGAUCCGUCGGUCUUUCCCUUUCCCUCGAGAAGGGUUUACCUUUAGGAAGUGGAUUGGGAUCCAGUGCAGCCAGCGCAGCUGCAGCCGCCGUUGCCGUCAACGAAAUAUUUGGGAAGAGAUUGGGCUAUGAUGAGCUUGUUCUUGCGUGCUUGAAAUCAGAGGAAAAGGUAUCUGGUUACCACGCGGACAAUGUCGCGCCGUCGAUCAUGGGAGGUUUUGUUCUCAUUCGCAAUUACGAGCCGUUGGAAUUGGUGCGCUUGAAGUUCCCUUCUGAAAAAGAGCUCUAUUUCGUACUCGUGACACCUGAAUUCGAAGCCCCGACCAAGAAGAUGAGAGCUGCACUACCUUUGGAGAUAGGGAUGCCGCACCACGUGUGGAAUUGUAGCCAGGCUGGUGCGCUUGUGGCGGGAGUGUUGCAGGGGGAUUUGUUGAUGUUAGGGAAGGCAUUGUCGUCUGAUAAGAUCGUUGAGCCCAAGCGUGCACCGUUGAUUCCUGGUAUGGAUGCUGUCAAGAAAGCUGCCAUUGAAGCUGGAGCUUUCGGGUGCACUAUCAGUGGUGCUGGACCUACUGCUGUUGCUAUCACGGAUGAUGAGCAAAAGGGACACCUCAUUGGCCAACAAAUGGUUCAAGCUUUUCAAAAGGAAGGAAACUUGAACGCUUCUGCAAAUGUCAAGCAGCUUGAUCGCAUUGGUGCUAGGCUUAUUAGCGGCGUUCGUUCAAGUUGAUUUGAUUUCAUUGUAGCUACUUAGCUGGUAGAUAGAUUCCCAAAAUUGGAUUUAUCUAAGGUGUGGUACUGUAAGCGGCGCUGACUUGUCACGCGUAUUUGAUUAACGAAGCAGAAUUGUGUUGUGGAGUUCUGAAUAAAAAGAGAAACAUUCAAACCAAAGCUGGGAAAUGCUGUCUGUUGGAAUUAAAAAUUUGAUAGAUGAAUAAUAAUUAUGAAAGACCUUCAUUGGGUCAAAUGUUGUGGCGGACUUGGGCAUGUUUUAGGGAACGUUUUCAUUGCUUUAUGUUUUCCCUUCCUCAUCCUGCUUUAGUAUUUGAGAUAGCUCUAUAAGGAGUCUUUUUGUAGUCUUUCUUUUAUUUUUGAUUAGUAUGUAAAAUGCUUCUCAGUCUACUAACCAUUUCGAUGCUAA